AUGACGGCUUCUAAAGCGUCUGCGGCGGGCCCCCCGCCGACAUCUGGGCUACAUUCCCCUCGUAAAAAAGAUUCUAUCAAGAAGAAAUUACUGAAAAAGAGAAAGAUAUCUUCACUUGAACAAGAACAAGAAGAGAUUUUUGUUUCAGAGGCAGAAAGUCCUGAGAAGGCUACUGGCUCUGUUUCAAAUUCCCCUGAUGAUAAUGACGAACCAAAGAAUCCUCCAAGAGCAGAUGGAGAGAAACUGCAAUCCAAAAGAAAAAAGACAAGAAAACACGCAGCAAACACUCUGAAGGCGGAGGGAGAUGUAUGUGGCUCUACACUUGCAACAGCGGGAAACAACGCAGCAGAAACAGAAGCAGCAACAGGAGAGGAAGCGGAAGCAGCAGAAGCAGAAACAGAAGCUGCUGCAGCUGCAGAAGAAGCCGCAGCAGGGGAGGGGGAAGCGGACAACGAAGUUAUGGUGUAUAGACAGAAGGAAAUAAUUGAUUCGUCGCAAACUUUUAGAGAUUUCGGUGCAACACAUUUAGACAGAAGACUAACAAAAGCCCUCAUCGACGACCUGAAGCUUCAGCAUCCAACACACGUCCAGUCUAAGGUUAUUCCUUUCGCUCUCAGCGGCAGAGAUUUGUUAAUUGAGGGCAGGACAGGCAGCGGGAAGACGCUGGCUUACGUUUUGCCGUUGCUGCAGCGGCUGCUGCAGCUGCAGGAGCAGCAGCAGCAGCAGCAAAGGGGAGAGACUGCUGAGCUUCCUCCUCUCUGCGCCCUGAUCUUAGUUCCAACAAAGGAGCUCUGCAUUCAAGUUUAUGAUGUUGUAAUGGCUCUUCUGAGCUAUACUAAAGACGUAAUAACGGUUGCGCACACCGCCAGCUCAGCAGGAGCCCACGGAAAACUCUUAGGUCCCCCCACUGUGCUUGUAGGAACCCCGACUGGGGUUCUGAAUUACAUUGACAAUCUGCGGCAGCAGCAGCAGCGGUUUGACUUGCAGUUGCUGUUGGAAAUGCUGGUUGUCGAUGAAGCGGAUCUUCUGUUUGCUUUUGGAUUCGAAAAAGAUACGAAGAAGCUCCUUCAACUCUUGCCUUCAACAGCGGCCGGGCACUACCAAACCAUUCUUGUGUCUGCAACACAAAACCACGAACUUUCCCAGCUGCAGAACUUGAUGCUGCACAAGCCAUUAAUUAUUCGAAUUGAGGAGGAAGAGAGGACAGGUGGAGGCCCGGGCGGCGCCAACCCCAUUGGCGAGUUUUAUUUUCAAGUUCCAACUGAAGCGGAGAAGUGGCUGGUUGCUUACGCGUUUCUUCGUCUCGGUCUUGUCCCUCUGAAAUGUCUGGUUUUCUGCAAAGACGUUUCGAACGUGUACGCGUUGCGCCUCUUCCUUGACCGCUUUGGAAUUGCCAGCGGCGUUUUAAGUCCAACUUUGCCGAUAGCGGCUCGCGAACAGCAAAUCCAGGCGUUCAAUCAAGGCCUCAUCGAUAUCCUGAUAACGAAUGAUGGACAGUAUAUGGAAGAAGACAGUCCUCAGAACGAAACAGAGGGCUCUGGAUCUGGUGAGGCGUCUGCGAGUGACCAGCAAGCACGAAAGCGGCGACGAGAAGACGCAUCCAAAAGCAAGGAGACGGAGUUCGCUGGCCAUAGAGGCCUCGACCUACAGGGCGUUGCUUGUGUGUUUAACUUCGAUGCUCCAAACUCCUUGAAGUCCUAUAUUCACAGAAUUGGUCGGACUGGUCGUGGAGGUGCGACGGGAGUUGCGGUCACUCUCAUAGACUCAUCUCAAGAGCAGCAGCAAUUGCUACUGCAGCAAAUGUUUACCGCGCGGAAGGAUCCAGGGGGGAUAGGGGGUAGCACACUUACGCCGCUGUCGCUUCAACUGCAAGAUGUAGAAUGCUUCCGCUACAGAGUUGAAGAUGUUAGGCGAGGAAUAACAAAGCGUGUAGUUGCCGCGGCUGUUGCACGAGACUUACAGCAGCAGUUGCUGAAUUCGAGGAAGCUCAAGGAAUUUUUUGAAAGAAACCCUAGAGACAGAGAAGUGCUGAAGAGGGCGUGCAAACAACUCAAGGAGAUGAACGUCUCAAAGGGCACGUUGGGACAUCUACCAGAUUAUCUCUUAUCGCAGACGCGUCCAACUCAAAUGACAGCUGUCCAACUUGCAAUCCAACAGCAAACUGCUGGAGCGGCAAUGACGAAAGGGUCCCAUGGCGGUCCUCGUCGCCGCCCGGUCGCAGAUCCCCUGAAGUCCUUUAAAGCAGCAGUGACCCGCGGUGCUUCUACGGGUAAGCGCAAGCCAAGGAUGCGUGAGAUUAUUACCCGACAGUCGCAACUGGCUAAAAUGCCAAAGCAUCCAGAUGAGCUGCCUCCGGAAAGUUUGCCCGCUACAUCUGGAAGAAAGCUGUGGAAGCUGAGGCACAACAAACGGGUCGCUCCGAAGGAACCCAAAGGCAACUUCCUCAGAAAGAGAAGCAUCCAAGGUCUUCGCAAGAAGUAA